CAGAACAGAAAUGCUCUAUGUACUAGCAAAUGAUGCUGCUUGAACAGGGACGAUGGAGGAGUGUGACGGCUGUGAUGUUCGACAAACUCAAAAUGUGAUGACGGAUCGAAAAGAGCUAGGCCAAAAGUCAGAAUCCAAUAAUAAUAAUGGACAUGGAAUAGAACUGCGGACGGCAUGCAAUAAUACUUGUAAGUGCAGGCGGCCUGCAGGGGCAGACAGCCCAGCAGGUGCAACAGAGAGCAGCGUGGCAGCCUUUUUGAUAUCGGCAGCCUGAUAAUGAUUUGGCAAAACAGCAGUGGAGCAGUUCUCGCGCUGCAGUAACGUCCCAGGGAGCACUAGAUCAUCAUCGUCGUCGACUCGUCGUCCAAAGCAUGGCAUGUACUCGGUACGACGGUGACCCUCGUCUCCGCAAUUUCCCAGCACGAAGCAGAGAGGGCUGGCCGUGGAAGGCAGAUGCGCGCUCGUCACAGCACGUCUGCAGUCGUGACAAACGUGACUUUAUUAUUAUUGUUGUCGACAAGAAAGGAGCUGGGGACAACAUGGAGUCGUGUUUUUUGGUUGACGGCUCGCUAAGGCGGUGGUCCCAUUGGCUGGAUCGUCCCGGGAUCAGCCGCUGGUUGCACGCACACAUUCCCCGAGAUGCCAGGACGCGGCAGGAGCACGGCGGGAAAGGGGAAUUGGGCGAGCGUUUCCGUGUCUCUUCUCUUCGCCGAUGCCAGAUUCACAAAAAUAUACGUCUGUACCUUGAUUGUGCGAGUCUUUCCAACUUUUGUGUUCCCGACGACGUAGGACAGGCACCUUGCCUCGCCGACACAGGGCUUGUGCAGCAUCACACAGGAUCCAGCCGUCUGUCUCUGCCAGGGCCGUUCCACGUUGUCAAGACGCCAUACCGGGACCCGGACAGCGGGCGGCAGCAGCAGCAGUGCCAGCAGCAGGAGCCUUUCUCUUCCCCAGUAGCCGCCGGGUGCGUGCGGUGGGAGACGGAAAUGCAAGAUGCAAAAGAGGAGGUGGGUUGGUUUCCUGACCUCGGGAAGUUCCUCUGCGUCAUUGCACUGACUUGGCCUUGUGGGUCUCCGAUGCGGCAUGGCGCGGCGUUCCUGGGUGCAGUGCGAGCAGAGCGCGCCCAGGCGAGCGGGAGGCGUCCCCAGCAUCUCAUCGAGUGGGAUCGUCCUGAAGCAAGCCUUUCAUCCCCAGUUCCCAGUCACGCCCCCAGGCCGCGCGACACCACAGAGACGCACCUGGGCAGUGGGCAGCUCCGCCCAAACCAGGCCGCCGGGAUGCCAUUGCAGUUGGGUUGGACGGGGCCAGGAAUAAACAAAGAUCAUGGGAGCAUCCGCAAAAGCGAUCAUUCACCAUCUACCGGUAUGUACCACAAAGUUUCCCUCAUCUCGCCGAAAUCACCCUCAGAAGAAAUCGUGUCAUUUUCUUCUCCUCUCAUGAUACGAUGCAUCUGCCGACUCCCUCACGACUCGUACCUGGCCGGGACACGGCGGGGCGCCGGCAUCGGAUGCGGAGUGGGUACGAAUUUUAUUGAUCUGAUACCUACACCGUAGGUAGGUACAGUGCCAGAAAGGACCGAUACAAGGCCAGAUUCGCCCGUUUGCAGGUCGCUGUGGAACUGCACAGUGUGGUAGGGUCUACCCGACUAUCAAGAAUU